AUGUCAUCUCUUUCCUCAACACUUGAAAACUACACUUUAGCGCAGUCCUUACAGAUUCAUAGUGGAACCGUCAGAUGUUUAUCACUUUACAAUGACCUUUUGCUCUCUGGAGGCUUGGACACUCAGCUCUUUAUAUCAAAACUCAACCAAGGCAAGUAUGAGCCUCUUCAGCAUUAUACUCAUCACACUUCUUAUAUUUACUCAUGCGCCUUUGCAAAUGACGGGCAGUCUUUCUUCUCAGGUGAUAAAAUAGGGCAAAUAGUUCACUCAGAUUUCACGUCUUCCAAUAUAAGGAACUUUAUUGGGCACUCCAAUGCAGUUUGCUCAUUGGAUGUGAAUGAGAAUGUUCUAUUGUCAGGCUCAUGGGAUGCCACAGCAAGAAUUUGGGAUAUUACAACAGGAAAUUGUUUAUCUGUGUUAGGGAACGAAAAGCAUACUUACGGAGUCUGUGUAAAAAAUACUCAAUACGCAAUCCUCACUGCAUCACAAAAUGGAAAACUUAACUUUUGGAGCAAGUCAGGAGAAUUCAUAAGGUCAAUCCAAGCCCAUAACGAUUUGAUUAGGGAAAUUUCGUUCUCUGAAAAUUUUGGCAUUAUGACCUGUUCUAAUGAUAAUACAAUAAAGCAAUUUACCAUCGAUGGAAGACUGGUAAACACUUAUAUGGGACACCAAGGAUUUGUGUUUUGUGCGAAAUUAUUGAAGAAUGGGGAAAUCAUUUCUGGAAGUGACGAUAGAACUGUCAAGGUUUGGGCUAAUGGUAGGGAAAUAGAUUCUAUUAUACAUCCAAACAGCAUUUGGGAUGUGGCAAUGAAUUUUGAAGAUGACAUAAUUACUGCUGGUGCUGAUUGUUUUAUAAGAGUCUUUACAAGGGAUAGACCAAGAGUUGCUGCGCCAGAAGAAAUUGAAGAAUACAAUAAAAAAUGCACAGAAGUUCCAAAGGAUGAAGCAGCGAUGGAUAUUGACAAAAUGCAGUCGAUUAAUGAUAUUUCGAAUGUGAAAGGGAAAAAAGAAGGCGAUGUCCAAGUUUUUAAUAAUUUUGGAGUUCCUGAAGCAUAUGUUUGGCAUGUGGAAGGAGAAUUUUGGGAAAGAAUUGGAGAGGUUGUAGGCCAAGGGGCAUCUGGAAAAAAUCCUGUGAAAAAGCAUUAUGAUGGAGAUAGACUGUUCAAGGCUGGGGAUUAUGACUACGUUUUUGAUGUAGAAUUAGGAGACGGGGUUAUGAGAAAAAUGCCUUAUAAUAAUGCUGACAAUCCUUUGGAAACUGCUGAAAAAUUCAUAGCUCGAGAAGGGCUGAACAAAGAAUAUGUAACUCCCUUACAUGUUUGGCAAAAACAUAGUAAAAAUCCCAAGAAAACCUUUUUUUAAUAUGAAAAAAGGUUGAUUAUAAAGAAAUCUCUAAUUAGUUCUGUUAAUUUUAAAUAGCUUGAUUUCUAAAACAUAAAUUUUGAAAAUCAUAAUUUGCUUUCCAAUUGGAAUGUUUUUUAGAUUUUUGAAAUAAAUAAUUUUUAUAUUAAAAUAUUUCUGUUCGCAUACAGAGUGGAAUAAGUGAAAUAACUAAAUUUAUCAUGAGCAAUGCUCAGCCUAGUUAUAACAGUGCUCCUGCAGCACCACAAGUUAGGCAGAUCUCUAACAGAUUUUUCCCUCAGCAAGCUCCUAUCUAUUUUGACACUUUUAAUAUCCAGCCAAUCAUCAAUAAAAUCAAAGAAUUCAAUGCAAACCUAGUUACUCCUCAUCAGCUAAAUGAAGCAGAGCUAAGAGAGCUCGAUAGGAUUGCCCAAGCACUAGGAAACCCAAAAGACUAUAAGCAAACAUCUCUUACAUACAAAGAUACCGACUUACUGCUAAAACUCAUUAACUGGCCAAGAGAAAACAUAUUCCCUGUCUUUGAUUUAUUCAGGAUCUCUCUCCUCCACAACUCAGCUCAAGAGAUGUUCAAAGGUGCAGACCAUGGUUCUCGACAUUUAGCAGUAAUCACUGCACAGAUUUCCCGUUCUCAAGAAAAUCCAAUUUUAAUUACAGGUCUGAAGCUUCUUUGCAAUUUAUUUUAUGGAAAUACUUCGCAUUCAAUGAUUUCCCACAGAAGAGAGUCAGUUCUAGAUGCAGUUUUAGCUCACAUUGAUAAUACUAAUAACAACGUAAGGCUCGGAUUGGUGACUUUGCUGUUCAAUUUUUCAGUAGAUUUGAUUGCAGAGAAGGAAAAUGAAGGGAAAAUCCAAGUGCUUUCAGCGCUGAUGGAAUUUAUAAAUGCAGAAGGAGAGAUGGAAAGCCAGUUCAGAGCAUUUUGUGCAGUAGGAAAUAUUUUAGCAGGAAGUGGGAUUAAUAGUGAGCUGGUUGAUAUUUCUAGGCAAUUAGGAUUGGAUAGUGUUAUUGGCUCUAAAUCUUGCACUGGCAAGGCUGAUGAAUGCAAGCAAGAAUUAAUGACUAUUUUCAAUUAG